GCCCAUUUAGGGUCUGUUACGAGAAAGCCCAACAAAGAAAAUUUAUGGGUCAAAGAGAAAAGCCUCUAGACGAAAUAGAGACUCUCAGCUUCUGUUGAAAUGAAUAUAACCUAGAGAUAGAUUUUGAUCGGAAAAGCAAAAACGAAGAUAGAAUCAGAGAUUCGUCGAUCGAAAAUGAAUACUGACAUCACUGCCUUGGAGAAGCCACAAUACCCAGUGGUUGAUCGGAAUCCUGCUUUUACUAAAGUCGUCGGCAAUUUCAGCACCCUCGAUUACCUCCGUUUCUCUACUAUCACUGGCAUCUCCGUCACCGUCGGCUAUCUCUCUGGGAUUAAGCCUGGGAUUAAGGGACCAUCAAUGGUGACUGGAGGAUUGAUCGGACUCAUGGGAGGUUUCAUGUAUGCGUACCAGAACUCUGCCGGUAGACUCAUGGGGUUUUUCCCUAAUGAUGGUGAGGUUGCUAGUUACCAGAAGCGUGGUGGUUUCUCCAAAUGACUUUAGGUUUAUUUUCUGGAUCUGGUGGCUUCAUUUUCGAAUUUGAAACCCUCUUUUCUCUGUAAUUUGUUUGAAUUUCUCUGCUGUUUGAGGAUAAUAUGUGCCUCUGUUUGUCUGUUAUGACCUGAUGAUGAUCAAUAAGAUUUGAGACAGCGAAUUGUGGUGAUA